CGGAACUGCCAUCACAGUGAAAACAGGCAUCUCUGAGGGAUGAUAUGGGAAGGUGCUCUGGGGCAAAGCACCUGAAGCCAAGAAGCCUAACCCUCCUCCUCUGCUUUGUGAUGCCACUCCCCUUUGUGAGUCUCCAACUAUCCUCAGGCCCCCAGUUCCCACAGGAUAGGUGGGAGACUAAGGUGGGUGUGGGGGAUCUCAAGAUCCGGUGACGCAGUGCUCACAUGACUAGCUUGGCGACUACGUGGGAACCAGCCCCCGCGCCGGCCAACCCUGCAGUCUGGUCCUAGACCCCGCGCCCACGAGUUCCCUGAGCUUCCUGAGCUACCGAAGUCUGAAGAGGCACAGGCCACUCCGGUUUUUGCAGGUCUGCGCAUUUUUUGUGGCCAGCGCUCUGUGAAGACUGAAAAGAAGGAGCCACCUGCCCAGGAUCCCUACAGGAACAGGAAGGGAAAUCUCAACAUGAAAAAGCUCUGCAGUGAAAAUGAAGGAAAGCCAGAAAAGGAGGGAAAGGCAGAAGACAAAAUAGAGCCUGAAGAUGGAGGGAAGACCGAAAAGGAAGAAAAGCCUGACCAUGAGGGGAAGCCAGCACCUGAGGGGAAGCGAGAGGGUGAAGGAGAGCAAGAUGCUGAGAGACCAGGGGAAGAUGAGGGCAAGGCUAAAAUACAGAACAAGUUGGGGGAUGAGAGCAAGCCACAGGGUGAGGGUCUGCUAGAGUCCCAGGCACAGCCAGCCAGCAAGCAGUUGCCUGCUGAAAAGCACCUGGCAGAAGGUUAUGUGCCCCGCAAAGCAAAAAGAAAAACUGAUAGGGGGACUGAGGAUUCCCCCAAAGACUCUCAGGAGAAUUUACAGGACAGCCACUUGAGCAGGGAGGAGAUGAUGAGAGAGUUCACAGAUGUGUCAAAGGGUCAGGAAGAACUAAGGAAAAAACAGAGGAUAAAUAAUUUUUACUGGAUGCAAAGAGAGCUGUUGGAUGCCUACCCCCCAAGGGGCCCAAGAGGUGUGCGGGGAAUGAGGGGUGGAGGUAAGGGCCAAAGAGGCUUGCCAGAUAUCCCAUACCUUUAAUGCCUUUGGCCUUCUAUUCUGAAUUCUCUGAUGAGAAUACUGCUGGCCCUGCUUCCCUUGGUAGAUACUUGCCAGGUCCUGUACUUUAACCUUAAGCUGAUACUUUGCUUCAGGUGUCGCUGUCCUUCCCACCUACUGCAUUUUGUCUUUUAGUACUGGAUUUUCUCCCAUGUGCAUGGAAGAGAUGUCUAUGGUAUGUUGUAAAAUAACAAUAAAAAAGCAGUUUGCAGAACCA